UGAUCCCUCAACGUCUGCUCCUUCCUUUCCUCCUUUCCUUCCCCCUGUAUCCACCUGGGCGCGAUCCGGGCGCGCUGCGGGUGCGUCACUGCGGCAGAGAGGCUCCCUGAGCUCGGCAUUCCGGAGCCAUUCCUCGCUGAGACGAGGCCCAGGCAGAGCCUGCCUGCCUUGGAGGGCGCUGAGAGACGGGAGCUGGAGCAGAGAGUGAGCACAGACACCCCUGACCCCGUUUAGGCCAUGGAAGCGGGCAGCGCAGCCAGGACAAACGGCACCGCCGGCAAACCCGAGGACGUCAAGAGCCCAACUGCCCCUAAAAAAGAAGAGGAAGCCAAGAAAGCCACGAGCCCUGGCGGAGGCGAGAAAGAAGCUAUAAAAGGCACGGGCGGUGCUGCGUUGGAGACAGGGCAAAUCAAGAGCUCCCUCUUCUCUGGGAGUGACUGGAAGAGGCCCAUCAUUCAGUUUGUGGAGUCAUCCGAUGAGAAGAGGUCAACCUACUUCAGCAUGGACUCGGCAGACUCCAAGAAGAUGCAGUUCGCCAGCGGCCAGAUCGGAGACAUGCGGAGACCGACCCUGAACUUCCCGGAGAAAGGGGACCUCAGGAAGUCCCUCUUCUCCUUGGAUUCCAAAAAGAGCUUCCUGCCCGCUGACGGGGAAGGGAGGAAGUCCUUGUUCUCCUCGGGGCAGAUGGGGGACCUGAAGAAAUCUUCCCUGCCUCUGGUGGAGACGGGGGAUCUGAGAAGACCCUUCAACAAGCCCGACAGAGCCGCGGGCUCCCGGCCCCGCGUCAAGCUCGAGGACGUUCUCUGCGACUCCUGCAUCGACAACAAGCAGAAGGCUGUGAAGUCCUGCCUGGUGUGCCAGGCUUCCUUCUGCGAGCUGCACCUCAAGCCCCACCUGGAGGGAGCGGCGUUCCGGGACCACCAGCUCCUGGACCCCAUCAGGGACUUCGAAGCCAGAAAAUGCCCUGUGCAUGGCAAGACCAUGGAGCUGUUCUGCCAGACGGACCAGAUGUGCAUCUGCUACCUCUGCAUGUUCCAGGAGCACAAGAACCACAGCACGGUGACGGUGGAGAUCGAGAAGGCAGGGAAAGAGGCCGAGCUGUCGCUGCAGAAGGAGCAGCUGCAGCUGAAGAUCAUCGAGGUGGAAGAUGAGGUGGACAAGUGGCAGAAGGAGAGGGACCGCAUCAAGAAUUACACCACCAACGAGAAAGCCACGGUGGACCAGCACUUCAAGGAGCUGAUCCGUGACCUGGAGAGGCAGAGGGAUGAGGUGAAGGCUGCCCUGGAUCAGAGGGAAAAGAUCGCCUCGGAGAACGUGAAAGAAAUCGUGGAUGAGCUGGAGGAGAGGGCGAAGCUGCUGCGGGAGGACAAGGAGAACAGGGAGCAGAUCCACCAGAUCAGCGACUCCGUGCUCUUCCUGCAGGAAUUUGGGGCUCUGAUGAGGAAUUACGUGCCACCUCCAUCCCUCCCAACCUACAGCGUGCUGCUGGAAGGGGAGAGCAUGAGCCCAUCCAUGGGACUGCUCAGGGACGACCUCCUCAACGUCUGCAUGAGGCACGUGGAGAAGAUCUGCAAGGCAGACCUGGGCCGCAACUUCAUCGAGAGGAACCACAUGGAGAAUGGGGACCACCGGUUCAUGAUGAACAACUACGAGUGGAACCAGCCUGACAACCUGAAGAGAUUUUCCAUGUUCCUGUCUCCCAAAGCCAAUUUCAACCCACGGUCAUGGGAAUUUUCCUCCUUCCAAGCGACUGAGGAAACACUUGUAGGCAAUGGCACUAAGCUGCCUUUUCAGUUCUCCUCGGUGGGACAGAAUCCGCCCGGUGACUUCAGCAAACAGUCUGAUGGGAGCCUCUUCACUAAGACCGCCUACCCUUCCAUCGUGAGGCACCAGUCUGCAAAGGUGACGCCACAGACGUGGAAAUCCUCCUCCAAGCAGUCGGUAUUGUCACAUUACCGCCCCUUCUACGUCAACAAAGGCAACGGAGCCACCUCCAACGAGGCCCCCUGAGCCCCUGAGGAUGUCGGGGAGAGCCGGCAGCGCUCGGAGUGAAGGCUCAGCUGCGGAUUUUCACGGAUGUACCUGCUACUCUUUUAACCCUACUGCUCUAAUCUCUGCCAGGGCCAGGGGAGGUGCAGGAGGGAAUCGCCUUUCCCUGAGCAAACCGGGACUUUUCCUCAAAUCACCCGCUGGCCUUGAGAGCUCGGCAGGCCUUAACACCCUCUGCUGUCCCCUCGCUGUCCCCAGCUGCUCUGCUCCUCCCGGGAAUUGCGGAUGCUUGGGUGGCACCCCCUGCUAGGCAGCUGUCCCCCUGUCCCCAGAGCUGCUAAAUCCUGGUGGAGGCCCCAGCUGGGUGUUCCCAAAGCUCUUCUGAGCUGGGUGUUCCCAAAGCUCUUCCCAGCACGGAGAGGUCCCAGGCUGGAGCUUUUCCCGUGCCUCUCCACGCUGGGGACACCCAGCUCCCACUGGGAUCAGAUCCCCUGGUGGCAUCACACGUCCCCAGGGUCUUCCAUCAGCUCAGCUCAGCUCCUCACCUGCCAAAAAACCCCAGCAGGAUUUUUCCAGAGCUGCUGGAAGAGGGCAGGGAGGCUUUCCAGCCCAUUAAAGUGCCCCUCCAGCCACCGUUUCAAAUUAAGGAAUAAAAAGCAAAUCCAUCCUAGUAAUACAAGAUUGAUUAGAUGCCAUAGGUGCUGGGUGCUUUUCUGGUUUGUGGUGGUUUUUCUUAAUUCCCCUAAACCAAAAUUGAUUUAUAUACUGUAGUUCAGGUAUUUUAUAUUUUAUUUUUUCCCUGCAGUGGGCAAUGAGAAUUACUGCCACAGCUUUUUGCUCAGGAUAAUAUUUUUGUAUUUGUCCCCUGGACAGAUGAAUCACAUCCAGGGCUGGAGAACCAUUCCAUGAUCUCCCUGAGGGGAUUUUCCUUCUCCAUGGACAAGCUGAGGGGUUCAGUCCAUGCCAUGCAGGGGGAGAAAUGGGAAUAAGAGCCCUGAAAUGGUGAAAACCAAGACUUAACAGCUCCUUUUCAUGGUUUGCUCUAUUCAAGCAGCUUUGAAAUGGCUUCCCCCUACUUUUUCCUGCUUGCAGCACCUUGCUGAGGGAGGUCCCACCUGAAAAUUCCUUCCUGGCUCAUCCUUUCACAAAGAUACUCACGGCUUUUUAACACAACACCUCACCCAAAACUCCUGGGGCUGGAUGUUGGUCGCUCCAGAGCACUUGAAAUGUCACUUUAUGAUGAUUUUCUUCUUUGCCCCCAAUAAAGACCAGAGUGGGGAAGGGGCUGGUGUGGUAGGGCAGGAUGUGACAAAAGGGAUGUGAAAAAAGGGAUGUGAAAAAAGGGAUGGAAUCACUGAGAAAAGCACUGAGGGGUUUGAGGAUGUGCAUGAAAGGAUAAAAUCAGCCCACUCCAGCUCUGUUUGCUCUUGAGCAGGUCCAGUAAAACCUUCCACCACCUCCUUUUUAAGCUCCAAAACAUGGGCACGACCCUUCUUGCUGCUGCUCCUCCUCAGCUUGGAUGUUAAAAUCCCCUGUCCCCCUGCCCUGAGCUGUGCCUGAGGACACCACUGUCCCUUCCUCCCGCUGUCCCCUGCCC